GUCAUAUGAAAUGUUUCCCCUUCAGAGUUGACGACUUUGGACGGUUUUAUGCUGCUUUGGAGUUUGCACUUGACUUUAAACCGUGUUACCGUAAUCGGAUGAAAUGAAUUUCGACCAGGUCUUGGCGGAGGUCGAUGGGUUUGGACGGUAUCAGAAGAGGCUGUAUGUAUUGAUUUGUGUCCCACAAAUCUUCCUUGCCUUUCACAUGAUGGCGAGCAUCUUCAUAGGCUACACACCACCACAUCAAUGUCGCAGCUCAGAUACUGAACACUUUAACGUGUCUGUAAACUACAGCGACUCAUGCAGCAUCACGUCAUCCGCACAGAACCGCACUGAAGACCGCUGUCCACACGGAUGGCUGUACAGCCGAGAAUUAAUCCACACUAGCAUUGUCACAGAGUGGGAUCUUGUUUGUGACAGAGCGACUCUAAACAGUCUUGGUGCUUCUCUGUAUAUGCUGGGAUUGCUUGUGGGAGCUAUUGCGUUUGGAUCUAUGGCUGACAGGUUGGGAAGGAGGUUUGCCCUGCUCUUGUCUCUUGCCUUCCAGACAGUGUUUGGGGUAGCUGCUGCCUUUGCUCCAAACUACCUGGUAUAUGUGACUCUUCGCUUCAUCAUAGGAACCUCCAUUUCAGGCAUCAUCAUCAAUGCUUUUGUGUUGGGUACAGAAUGGACGUCUACAAAGAGACGCAUGCUGGCUGGAAUCUUAACAGAUUAUAUCUUUGGGCUUGGUUAUAUGCUGCUAGCUGGUGUAGCUUAUUUUAUUAGAAGCUGGAGGAAUCUACAACUCGCCAUCUCAGCACCAGGUUUUCUCUUUAUUUUCUACAUCUGGGUUCUUCCUAAUUCAGCUCGUUGGCUGUUGGUAAAUAACAGAAAAGAGGAAGCUCUAGUUCUUCUACGCAAAGCAGCUACAAUGAAUGGUCGUCCUUUGCCUACUACAGUACUGUUAGACAAGUGUGAGUGGAAGCAGGGGAAGAAUCAGCACUCUGCUGCAGAUCUAGUCCGUACUCCGCAGAUGAGGAAGCGAUCUUUCAUCCUGUUUUACAUCUGGUUUGUUACCGUAUUAGUGUAUUAUGGUCUUUCUCUGGGUGUGUCAGACCUGGGAACAAACCUUUACCUCACUCAGUUUCUGUUUGGAUUAGUGGAGAUCCCUGCAAGGUCAAUGGCAUUGUUCUUCCUACCAUAUAGCCGUCGGCUCUCACAGAGUGUGUUCCUUGCCCUGGGGGGCGCCGCCUGCCUCCUCAUGCUCAUUGUACCAGAAGAUAGUCCUAAGGUAAGAGCUGCUGUCGCUAUGACUGGAAAAUUUGGGAUCACAGCCUCUUUUACUGUCAUCUAUGUUUAUACAGCUGAGCUCUUCCCAACUGUGCUAAGACAGACAGGAAUUGGUGUGUCCUCCAUGUUAGCAAGAAUUGGUGGAGUUUUAGCACCGAUGAUAAACCUGCUAGGAGAGACUAACUCAGCUGUGUCUACAGUAAUAUUUGGCUUCUCUCCUCUGCUGGGUGCAGCUCUUGCAUUGGCCCUGCCAGAGACAGCCAAUAAACCUCUACCUGAUACCAUUCAAGAUAUCCAAGAUGCUGAGAGCGUAACGCAAGAGAAUAGUGACAGAAAUUUCCCUGUAGACACCGUCCAGUCUCCGAACAGCACAGACGCUCAGGAACUACAGAGCCUUACAAACAAGUCUCCAUAGACCUACGUGUGCUUGCAAGCACAAACACAAACGAUACACAGACGAUAAACAUUUCAUUUCUACAUUCUUUCUAACUUGAGUUUCAGAACAGAAAAUGCAACUACGUCCGUAACACUGUGACAAAUAUUCGUACUUUUAAAUAUUUUUAAUAGUCUCAUCUUUGGUUUGUUUGGGACAUAAAUUUCAUGCUUCAUGCUGAGAAAGCAGCUGUGUCAGAGGUUUUAACCCAAGAGUCACAGUGGAUCAGUGAACAGCAGUUCUCUGUAAAAAGCACAUGGUUUUAUCUGAUGUCUACACAAAAAGAACACAGUGCCUUUCACUUUUAUAUAUUUUUUCCCAUAUAAGAAUCAUAAAACGUACUCAGUUGCUCUUGUAUUGUUUGUGAAGAGCUUGUUUAUCCUAUAUUGUUAUACAGAUGGGUGAUCAAUUAAAGUUUU